AAGAAAAUCUCCCUAGUGUAUCAGUGACAAGCAUGUAAACCCAUCUCCUAAGGCAGUGGUUCGCAACCUUUCCACACUACUGUUCCCCUUUCAGCAGUCUGAUUUGUCUUGCGUACCCCCAAGUUUCACCUCACUUAAAAACUACUUGCUCACAAAAUCAGACAUAAAAAUACUGAAGUGUCAGUGCACACUAUUAUUGAAAAAUUGCUUACUUUCUCACUUUUACCAUAAUGUUAUAAAAUAAAUUGGAAUAUAAAUAAUGUACUUACAUUUCAGUGUAUAGUAUAUAGAGCAGUAUAAGUAAGUCAUAUGAAAUUUUAGUUUGUACUGACUUUGCUAGUGCUUUUUAUAUAGCCUGUUGUAAAACUAGGCAAAUCUCUAGAUGAGUUGAUGUACCUCCUGGAAGACCUAUGUGUACCCCCAGGGCUAAGCAUCCCCCUGGUUGAGAACCACUGUCCUAAGGGAAGGGACGGGAACCCCAUUAGGACAUUACAAACUAGCUGUGUAAAUGGACUGUAGGGGACCAUUGUGCCAUGGCCCAUGGAGGAGGACUGUAGCAAAACAGCAGUAAAUUCUCUCUUUAGAUCUCAGUAAUAGCUGGGAACAAGCUUUCAGCUCAGCUCUGUUGUUAUGUAUGUCCAACUCGCUCCCUGCAGUGAUAGUUCUGUUUCACUUGAAGUCAGGGCACGGGCUAAAGGAGCCUCAAAGUUGCACUGACUGCCAGACUGUGACUGCUAGUAGAUACAGCCUUGUAUUGCAAAGAUCCUCAGUCUCACUGCUCUGGGACUUCUGUGAAAAACACAUCCUGUGUUCAAGUCUCCUGGGGACAGACGCUUUCAGCUUGGAUCAACCCUCAUUGUCCAGCAUCCCCCUAUGCUUAACGAAAUAUGGAAACAACUCAAAUUGGUGACGGAGCUAAAGCCUGGAUGAGUUUGGGUGUCAGGCAGUAGUAUAGGGAGGGGAAGUGCACUUUCUCUUUGUAGAUUCAAGGGUUUAGUUGUUCUCAUUGUGGUUCAACUGUGUCAAUCAAUGGAGCCAUCCAAUGGCCUAAGAAGUCUCUCCCUGUGCGUAGAGGGGGUUCUGCUGGAGCACAGUGGCUGGGGAGACCUGGAAGCCAUCAUGUGGGGGCAGAGCAGGGAAAUGGGAGCAGAACCAAACCCCCCCGUUUAUUAGCGCUACUUGCUGUCAGUGCAGGGAUCUGCAGCAGCCACUCGAAGAAGCUGUGAGAAGAGACGAUUCGAGUUGCCAAUCCUAGUAAAAGGUGAAGGGACAGGAUCUCGUCCUCACAUCCUCCACACAGGAUCCACGUCAUCUUCCACCGAGUCCUCUCCGAUGGGAAAGUGUCUGCAGGGGGUGCUGCCCAGGUGCCGGUGACGUCUGAGGACGGCAGGGUCUGUUUCUCCCCGGUGGAGUGGGCGGCGUUAGUGGAGUGGCAGAGGGAGCUGUGCGAGCUGGUCACCUCGCUGGGUGAGGACUGUGUCUGGUGCACAAGUUAGAGGGGCCUCGGUGCAAGCAGCUCCACGGGGAAGAGCGAUCAUGCUGGGCCCCUGGUGGAGCGCAGGCUCAGGUGUUGCCUGUUGCAGGGUCUGAGAGCCCCAUCCCCCACACAAGGCAGCUGGCCCUGCGGCUGGGUGUAGCCAUGUCUGAAGAGUCGCACCCAUCAAAGGAGGGGGCCGGAUGGCACCGCGAACUGGAGAUGGGCUGUGGAACCUUUUCUCGCGGCGCCACCAAUUCAAAUCCAGGCCACCCAGCUCUCAAACCUGAUCUCUUGUUCCGGAUUGAACGAGGGGAACCCCCAGGUGUUGGGGUUCAGCUGGUCUCUGGUGGCUUAGAGCGUCCGCCAGAUCCCUGCGCAGGCUAUGGAUUUUUCAAGCCCGAUGGUUUAUUCCAUAUUGAGCAAUGGGAGGAGCGAUAUAUCGAGGCUCAGCAGAAACUGGAGGAGAGCAAGAUCCCCGGAAGUGCCUGCGUAGCAGAGCAUGGGGGUGUGAACACAGUGGAGCAGGAAGAGAACUCUGAGAGCUUUGCUGCAGACUUAGAGCUGUCCCCCGUGGUCUGUGACCUUUCUGAUGGCUCGUUUCACAGUCGGCAGCUGGUGUCCAAGAGUCAGCAGAGAAACCAGACCAGGAUCAAGAUGGAGGAAUCAGCUGGCUUCAGCAAGUGUUCAGAUGCCGUCGUAUGCCAGCUAGGGGCUGGGCCUUUCCAGUGUGCUGAGUGCGGGAAACGCUUCCGCCAGAAGCAGAGCCUCAUCACGCAUGAGAGAAUCCACACAGGAGAGAAGCCCUACAGGUGUCCAGACUGCGGGAAGAGCUUCAGCCAGAAGCCCAACCUCCUGACUCACCGGCGGAUCCACACCGGGGAGCGGCCCUUCUCCUGCACGCAGUGUGGGAAGAGCUUCAGCCAGAAGGCCAAUCUCAUUGCCCACCAGAGAACCCACGCAGGGGAGAAGCCGCCGCUGUGGGGUGGGCUUGGGGGGAAGCCAAAGUCCCCAGCACGCCAGGGAGACCAUGAGGAAAAGCGGCCGUUCGUAUGCCCCGAGUGUGGGAAAAGUUUCACGCAGAAACCCAACUUGGUGACUCACUACCGGACCCACACGGGUGAGCGGCCCUUCAGCUGUGCCCAGUGCGGGAAGAGCUUCAAUCAGAAGACCAACCUGGUGACUCACUACAGGACCCACACUGGGGAGCGGCCCUACGCCUGCCCCCAGUGCGGGAAGCGUUUCACCCAGAAGACCAACCUGGUGACUCACCAGAGCACCCACACGGAUGUGCGACCCUACCCGUGUGGGGAGUGCCAGAAGUGCUUCAAGGACAAGGUGUCCCUGAAAGCGCACCAGAGAACCCACAGCCUGAGCCAGCCCAGACCCUGUGGGAAUCCAGAGCCAAUCCCACUCCACGGUCCCCCCGCCAUGCCGCUCCAGCCCGCAGGCGCUGAGCAGGAGAGUCAGCGCAAUCCUGCUCAGCCGGUGCUAGCCCAGAAGAUCCCCGGAAGCCAGGCACCAUGCAUGUGCACUGACUGCGGUAGCAGCUUCCCGCAGAAACAGCAUAUCCCACUGCCCCAGCAAACCCCCUCAGCAGAGCAGCCCUUCCUGUGCAUGCAGUGUGGGGAAAGCUGCCCACAGGCGGCUCUUCUGAAGCACCAGCCCAGCCAUGCCAGGGAGAGGCCCUGUGAGAGCGCCCAGUAUGGGAGAGGCCUCAGCCUGAACCAACAUCUCCUCAGACACCUGGAACCCUGCCUGGGCCCUGGUGACGCGGCGCACGCGGCCCCUGGGGCAGAGCGGCCCUUCAUCUGUAACCAUUGCGGAAGCAGCUUUAGCUUUUGGCCGGCUCUCAUUGCCCAUCAGAGCAGCCAUGCAGGAUGGCAGCCAUAUCAGCUUCCUGAACGUGGGAAAGGCCUCAGGCCCCGGCUGUCCCUGCCAGCCCAGCAGGAUGUGCAGGUGCGGGAGACAGCCUGGACGUGCCCCGAGUGCAGGCAGAGCUUCAGCCAGCACAGCCAGCUGGCAAAGCACCAGGAAAGCCACGGGGGUGACAGGCCCCAUCGGUGUGACGUGUGCGGGAAGAGCUUUGGCUUGAAAGCCAACCUGAUGACACACCAGCGGCUCCACACGGGCGAGCGGCCCUUUGCCUGCAGCCAGUGCGGGCGGCGCUUCAACCAGAAGGGGAACCUGGUGACUCACUACCGGACCCACACGGGUGAGCGGCCUUUCUCCUGCCCCCAAUGCGGCAAGAGCUUCAGCCAGAAGCCCAACCUCCUUGCCCACCAGAGAACCCAUAUGGGGCGGCGGCCCUUCGCCUGUGCCCAGUGCCCCAAACGCUUCAAGGGCAAGAUGUCCCUGAAGAUCCACCAGCGUGUCCACAUAGGGGAGAGACCUCCCGCAAGGCCGCUGAGCGUGGAUCUGAUGGAGGCCCACGCUGGGAAGAGGUACUGUUCCCACUCCCCAUGUGGGAAACCCUUCAAGGAGCACAUAGCCCUGCAGCUCCCCCAGCGAGUGCCCGGUGGGGAGCGGCCGUACGCCUGCCCGGAGUGUGGGAAAUGCUUCCGGCAGAAGGUCACGCUGGUCACGCACCUCCGGACCCACACUGGAGAGCGGCCGUUCCAGUGCACCCAGUGUGGGAGGAGCUUCAGCCAGAAGCCCAACCUCCUCACGCACCAGCGGACUCACACUGGCGAGCGGCCCUUCGCCUGCACCGUGUGCGGGAAGGGCUUCAGCUGGAAGCCCAACCUGGUGACCCAUUACCGCACCCACACCGGGGAGCGGCCCUAUAGCUGCUCCGACUGCGGGAAGACCUUCAGCCAGAAGCCCAAUCUCCUCACUCACCGCAGAACCCACUCCCAGCAGAGACCGUAUGCUUCCCCCAGUGCCACGCAAGCUUCCCCCACGGACACCCCUUCACCCUGCGCCGCUGUGGGGACUGGCCCCACGUGCACUUGGCCUGCAGAGGGGGCCUCGGCCACUGUGUCUCCCACGGCAGGGAGCUCCUGAAGCCAAGCAAGCAGAGAUGUGGUGUCCGUGCAGCGGGGGUGGCAGGAGCUUGGAAGAUCAGAGAGCUCUGUGAGCGAACCCGAGAGCGCCUGCCCCCGGUGUGAGCCAGAGCGAGUAGAGCGUGCACCUGGUUGGCGAGCUGUACAGUGACUGGAUCUGGGAACGUGGGGCUAACCCGUGCUGCUGUCGCACCCACGACACCAGACACGGACAGGGGAACGUUACAGCCAGAAGCCAGAUCUGACUUCAUUCUACACACACCGAACUUCAGAGAGGGCACAGCUCCUGACAGCGGGCAAGCCGGCUGGUUGAUCAGCACGCACUGCUGCAGGGUGCGAGGAGACGCCAAGUACUGCUGUGAGCAGAACGAGGGGAGGGCGCAGCAAGCUGGCAGGCCUGGGACCCUGUGGCGAGUGUCCUGGGAAACCCAAACCCUGCAAGAGACUCCCUGGGAGGGAACGGCCCAUGGAGCUCUACCCUGUGGCCUCCCUGGAGCUAAACGUGGGGUGGGGGCGGCUCUUGGAAGCUGUGAUCCAAACAGAGGUGGAGCCUGGCUAGCCUGGGCGUAAGUUGUACCGAGGGUAUUGCUGGGCUCUGGAUCCCCCCCCCGAGCCAUCUGCAGGGAAGUGAAAGGCCACCUGGGGCUGCAAGCUCCAGCCCCUGUAGAAACAGUUACAGCGUCCCUUUUAUUUUCGUGCCUUCCCCCCAGAGUGUCUGCACUUCAUGGGGGUCGGGGGGCAGGAGGCCCAGCCCCAGCCCCAGAGAAGGCUGCGGUUGGUCUGAAAGCAGUGGGGGCCCCACGAGGACGAGGUGCCCUUCCUGGGGAGCAGGAAGGAGAAGCUGGGCACUGAUGCCCUGGUGGAGGAGGACUGCGUGCUGGGGCAGAGCUCCGCUCGAUGGCGUUGAUAACUGUAACACGAUAACUACGCAGCACUGCUGCCCGUCAGGUCAGAGCUGAAAACCAGAAGGGACAGCCGGGCGACACGGGGAGCCCUGGUACCUGGUUAGCUGAGCCCCCAGCCUCAGCCAGGUGUGUAACUAGCUCCACGGCAGAGAACGGAGGCAUGAAUAGGUUCCAGCAUGAUCUCCCAGCUACGCUCGUCCCGUCGUCCCAGCAGGAAUGUGGCGACACCAUGAAUGACAUAUGUCUCAGGAAGAAAAGAAAUACUAAUGGCGGGAGGACUGUGUGGGGGGUGGGGCACACACAGAACCCCAGGCAGAUUGUGGAGGGCAGAAUGGGGGGCACACAGAGCCUCUAGCAUGAGGCUGUGGGUUGCAGCAGGGAGCCCCUGUACUAGAGGGGGAGGGAGGGUGGCACCCGGGGAGCUUGGGGGAAUGGAGGGACCCCUGGUAUGUGUGCUGAGCUUGGCCUGCAGAAGUGACAGCGCGUGUGGUGACCCUCUCGUAAGUCUCUUACAUGAAAACGCAGCUAGCAGUCCCCAGGUUGUUACAGCUAAGGGGGUAUCCCCUGGGUAGGUCGGUCACUCAGCAAUGGGCCAGGCUCUGACAGCUGCCCCCAAAGCCGACCCCAGGGCUGUGCAGUCCCAGGCAGCAGUGGACGUCUGGCUCUCAGGCCUCCCCAGGAUCCCUUGUGCUGGCAGCGAAGGCAUUGCCUGUCUGUGGAUUGCUGCUGCAGGGUGUGGGCGGGACUGAAGCUGCAGAUGAGUGAGCAGAGGUGGGGAGGGGACAGCCUGGCCUGUGGGCGUGGCUGGUUGAACAGGGUCGAAUGAGGGGAAGGAAGAAGCCAGGGCUGCUUGGGGCAGGGGGUACCAAAUCCCGUCUUCACUUAGUGACAGUGAGGUGGGGCCUGUGCUGCGCCAUCUCUGCCCGGGCACCAGCCCCUGCUGUCACAAGCACAGGGCUCUGCUUUUCCCACGGGCUGGGGCAGGAGGUUGGGACAGGCUGUGGGAAAGGAGCCCUUUGUGUGACCGUCUCAGACCGGUUCCCGCCAGUCAUUGCCAGCCUUGGUCCUGUUGGACAGUCCCAGCACGCAGGCAGAAUGGGCCACUGGCCCUGGCCUCCCCUGAGCCCCAGAGGUGGUGAUCUGGGGCAGGGUUGGGAGAUGUGCGUGCGCACAUGUGAAGCUUGCAGGGCCCUGCCGUAUCUGCUGACUGGUUCACAGGGCUGCUAGGCCAGCGCCUUUCUCCCGCGCUGACCUUACAUAGCUCCCCAGGAGCGCUGGGGGAAGAGGUGGCUACAGAACCCACUGGGGCUUUUCUCUCCUUGUGUUUUGCUACCUGACCACGCUCUCUGUCUCAGUGCUGACAUCUCCCGAAGCUUUGGGGCCCCUCCCAGCAGCAGCUGCUGGCUAGGGUGAGAGUGGGCACUUGGAUGGGAACAAACGAGCGUGUUGCUUCCUUUCAUUCUUGUCUAGCAUCUGUAAGUCCCCCCAGCAUGCCAGAGAGGCACCGCUGUGCAGCAGGGCCCAUGGAGCACGGUGCUAUGGAGGGGUCACUGCCCCAGGUGGUGGGUAGUGAAAGGCUGCACACACCCCACAAACAGGAUGAGUUGGUAGGGGACUGGGGUGCUUUCACCUUAAAGUACAUUUGUGCAAAAGCUGAGAGCCGUGCGCACCCCGUCCCUGCAGCCAUCUCCCCGCUCUUCUCUUGCUUGUGGGCAUGGAGCCACUUCGUUCCCAGCCACUGAGCCGCACCGGUGAGGACCGCGUCCUGCUCUGGAUGUUGGUUAGCGCUGGGCGUGACACGGACUUGUGCCUUCAGAAGAAGUUCUUCAGGGCGGGCACUCUUCCUGCACCAGGGCUCUUGGUGCUAUGCUAAUACCCACGAUAACUGCGUGUGUUUGUACUUGCUGCAGGCCGUGGGCACUCACUAGGUUAUAGCAGUAGGAAUGGGCGUUUCAGCCCUCUGUGGUUGGUAAUCUAGGCCUGCCCUGUCCCACGACAGGCCCUGAUGUGCUGCCAUUGUCUGCCACUGCGCAAGGUGUGCGUUUCCAAUGUGCCAGGGAGCUCAUGGACCGGAGGUGGCAUGUCAGUUCCUUGGGGGUCAGCACAGCGCUUCCCCACUGAGGUAGGCAGGCAGAGCCUGGAGGAGCGGUAAGGACUGAGCGUUACUCGCUGAUCAGGCUCCUGGCUUAGAACACACCUGACUAGGCAGCCAGCUGGAUGGGACUGGGAGGGGCAGGAGGCUGCUGGAUAGGGCGGGAUGGCACAGUUGCUCAGCAUGGUUGGGGACCAUUUCUCUAGCAUGAGGUCAAACCUGCUGCAUACCUGCAGCCCUCUCAUCACCAUCUCGUGCUGCUGCUGUGUGUUCAUGGCAUGGCCCUGGUGGGAAAUGCCCCUGUCACCAUCCCUGUUAACCCAGCCCCACGCUCCUGCCGUCUUUAAUGCCAGGCGAGUCUAUUUCUGCCCAAUAUGUUCAUUUAAAAUAAAAGCUUUGGGGCAGCAGGUGA